GUUUCAACGCUGGUUUCAGAUAGGACUGUAUUUUAAUCCUAGUACGUCAAAGUAAUUAGUUUGUCGACAUUUUGAACCGUAAUGUUUUCAAACGAAUUCAAAACUUAAACUGUUACAGUUAGUAACCUUUUUUAUAUUGAUAGAGAUUACGUAGAAGUGGGCGGGAAGCGGACACCGCCCAUUAGUUGAUAGGCGACAGGUAUGCACCACAAAAAAAGAUUAGUCCAACCCAUAUUUUUGUGUGAUAGAGUAGGUGAGGGUGCUUUGUUUUUACUGACUACUGAGUCUUUCGCUGGUGAGAGGGAGCCACUUAUCAGUCCGACAAUUGGCAUUUAAGAGAAAUAGUCUCGGGCGGAAUUCGCACAGACAGAAGAGUUAACUUUGUAGCAGACGACGCAACUCGCCGCGGGAUUGUUUUACUGUUAGAACCACCUGACAGGUGCACGGGGAAGGGAUACCUGUCAAAAUGUUUAAGAAGAAGACAUCGAAGAAUAGCGUGACAAUCACGCAACCAAAAACCGGUACGCAGACCACGGAGCUGUCCACUCUGAUCGAGAAGCUGCAGAAGAAUGCGGACAAGGUGGAGAAGAACAUCUACGAGACGGAGCAGAACCUCAACAAGGACGUGAGCAAGAUCAACGAGGGGAAGCCGCCUCUGUACCAGGAUGACACCAACAAGCGCAUCCUCAACUCCCUGGAGCUCCUCAAGGGCCUGGACGAGGACGCGGUCAACGCCACGCGCCUGCAGCACCCCCAGGCAGAGAUGAUCGAGCAGGAUAUGAGGCAACUGCGUGACAGAGUGAUGAAGCUGAGAGAGGACCACGACCACAUCUACCACCUGACCCGCUCUGAAGGGAUGCCCAGCGUCAACUGGGGCAAAAUCAUGGAUGAGAAACUGAGCAACCUGAACAACAAGGGCUUUGGCCAGGACUUGCCCACCAUUGAGAACGAGGUGGAGGAGCAUAACAUCUUCCACAGCGAGGUGGAGGCCUUGGCCCCACACAUCACCAACAGUGAGGACAAGGACUCUGUCGGUGCACAGCAGUUGAAGUACAACAGGCUCCUGGCUAACUCUGGCGCUCGUCAGCGCCACCUGCUGAGCCUGAAGGACUACAUGCAGCGCUGCACCAACGAGCUGUACUGGAUGGACCAGCAGGCAGACGAGAGGACCCACUAUGACUGGAGCAACACCAACCUGGACUACCCUGGGCGCCAGAGGCAGUACGAGAACUUCAUCAGCAAGUGUCUGGAGUCCAAGGAGGCCACUGUCACCAAGCUGAAUGAUGACGGAGAGAAACUGAUUGCCAGUGAUCACCCUGGGAAGAACGUGAUUGAGGCUCACAUGGAGGCUGUGCAUGCUGACUGGAAGGAGUACCUCAACCUGCUCAUUUGUGAGGAGAACCACCUCAAACAUAUGGAUGAGUACCACAAGUACCACAAGGAGGCGAGGGACACCCAGGAUCUGCUGAAGAGGCUGGAUACAGAGGUCAGCCAGAAGUACAACCCAGAGUUCAAAGACAUGUACCAGAUGGAGGGACUGAUCAGAGAACUGGACGACCAGGCGAAGGCCAUGGAUCACUUUGACGAGCGUGUGAGGGCACUACAGAAGCGCGGCCUGCAGGUGCUGCCUCUCAAGUUCCGCAGGGAAACGCCCCAGAAGCUCCUCCCAGUGGAAGCACUGUGCGAAUUCGACACUGAAGAGGGUCAGAUCUUGCGUGGAGAGAGGUACACGCUGCUGAAAAACAACGGUGCCAAGUGGGACGUGAAAGAUGCAGCCGGGCGCAAGCUCACUGCCCCUGCUAUCUGCUUUAUGAUCCCCCCCACUGACCCAGAGGCUGUGUCUGUUUCUGACAAUCUAGUCAACCAGCAGAAAAGCAUCAAGCAGAAGGUGUCUGGCAGCAAGGUAACCCUGCAGAAAAGCCUGGAAGAGCAGAAGAAGAAGGACGGGAGUGGCAGUGACAAGCAGGAGCAGCAGUGUCGCCAGCUGAUGGCUGGUCUGGACAAGGUUAUUAGUGAUCUGGACAAACAGGAAAAAGCCAUCUAUACUCGAGUGCGCCCCCCUCUGGAACAGACCAGGCCACUGCAGGAUAGUGCUGAUCGUUUACAGGAUAUGAAGGACAUUAAGGCUGUUGUCAGUAGGAUAGAGCUGGAGAAGACUGCUAAAGUGAAGGAGUCGACAACCUUCCUGACCUCUAAUCCUAAAUGUGCCAGCGCUUCUCAGCUCCAUGCCAAAGUAGAACAGGCCAACAAGAAGGAUGACAAGAUCGAUCUACUGCUUAAGUGCUCAGAGGAAAAACUACAGAAUUCUAACAGCCUGGAGAACUCUCUACAGAAUGGGAAAGAUUUAUUGUCCACCUAUGAGAACAAACUAGCGAGAGAGGAGGUUGCGCCAGCAGACAUCCCCUCAUUGGAGAGAACACAGUGUGAGCUGGCUGAUAUUGCCUCGGAGCUGAAAGCCAAGAAGUCCACUGUGACACAAGCUGAGCAGAACCUCCGGACAGCCAAAGGCAGCUGUGACACCAUGGUCACCAAGUUGCAGGAACACUGCCCCGACAUUGAGAGGCAGGAGGCCGAAGUACAGAAGCUCAGCAAGCGCUAUGACAACCUCAACCGGCAGAUUGACACCCGAUCCCAGAGCCUGCAGAGAGCCAAGAUGUCUCAAAAAAACUAUCGUAACGAGUAUGACAACCUGAACAGCUGGCUCUCACGCGUUCCAAACUAUGAACCUCGUGAAACUGAUGACGUCCGACAAGUAGAAACCAAGCUGAAGAACCAGAGAAACCUGCUCUCUGAUAUCGCAAGGAAGGAGUCUGACUUGAACAAUGUUUCCAAAAAUGCCCAGCUUUACCAGCAAGCUGUCAAGGCCUACGAGAAUGAGACUGAAAAGUUCAAGGCUAUUCUGGACCUUGAAGAUGGUUUAGUCCCUCAGACAUACAAAAGGAGCAGACUGGAGUCACCUGCACUGACGGUCAAGGCAGAGGAAACUGCCAUUGAGGCUAAAUUCACAGAGGUGAAUGCAGUUAACAAGCAAAGGCUGCAGAAUCUGGAGUUUACUCAAAGCCUCCUGAAUCAGCAACCUGAGAUCACAAUGGUCCAGUCUGUCAAUGUCCAAUCAGUGAAUGCUGCAGCCCCUGGAGAGGAACCCUGGAGAAUCAAAAAGCAGCUGGCAGAUGAGGUCCACAGAAGAGAGCAACUGGAGAAAGAACUUGAGUCCAUCCAAACGGACAUUUAUGUUCUGGAAGGCCAAAAACCCCAGGACACUAUUGUCAAAAAGGAGCUGAUAAAGAAGGUUCCAGAUCCUCAGCUGGAUGAGGAUGUCCACAAGGUCCAGCAGAAGCUGAUGGAGGAGCGCAGGUCAACAAGAGUCCUAGAGAACGAAUUGGAGUCCCUAAGAUUGAAGCUCCAUGGUAUUGAGACAGAGAUCAAAGAGGGGGCCCAGCAGUACACUGUGAAAGAAGUGUUGCGUAUUGAAAGAGACCGAGGCCAGGAAGAGGAGGUGCGCAAACUUCGAGAGGAGCUGGAGGAGCUGAGAAGGCAUAAGCUGAACAAGGACCAACAGUUGAUCCAAAUCCAGAAACAAGUGACCCUCUUGUCUGCAGAGAAAUCCAGAGAACAGGAAGUGAUCACUGAAGAGGAAGUUAUCAAGGUCCAGAAUGAUCCUCAGCUGGAGAGUGAAUACCGUUUGCUCCUGGACCGGAAGCAGAAGGAGGUUGAGAGCAGGAAGCAGCUGGAAGAUGAGCUGCGCUUCCUCCAAGAAAAGCUUCGUAGGCUGGAGAAGGAGAAAGCCAUGGCAGAGGAAAAGAUCUCUAUCAAAGAAGUGUUGAAGGUGGAGAAGGACAUCGCCCUUGAGAGGGAGGUAGAGAACCUGAGGAGGCAGUACGAGGAUGAGAUGGCCAAACGUAGGUCAUCUCAAAGAGAGAAGGCUGACUUCCAGAGGAAGAUUGUCAGCCUGGAAGAGGAGAAGUCCAAGGUCAUAGUUCAAGAGAAGGUGCGCGAAAUUGUCCGACCUGACCCCAAGGCGGAAAAUGAGGUUGCCACCCUCCGAAUGGACCUGGUGGAGCAGCAAAGGCGUUUCAGAGAUGAAGAGUCCCAGGUGAAGAGCCUCAAUGAAGAGCUUAUUAUGCUGAGAAACAGAGGCCCUCAAGUGGAGAUCAAGGAGACUAUCAAAGAGGUCAUCAAGUACAAGACUGAUCCGCAAACAGAGAGAGAGUUGGAGAAACUGCGCAAUGAAAUUGUGGACAAAACCCACCAGACGGAGAAGUCAGAAAUGGAGAUCAGGCAGCUUAGGGAUGAGAUUCAAAGAUGGAAGGAUACCAAGCCCCAGGUGCAGACCAAAGAGGUGGUCAAUGAGGUGCUGCAGUACAGAGAGGACCCCAAGACAAAGGAGGAGAUUGAGACCCUCAAAAGAAAACUGGGAGAUGAACAGAAGAAACGCCUAGACUUGGAGAGAGAGAGGUCCAGCAACGAGGAGAAGAUCAGGCUGAGGAAGAUUGACUUGUCUCAGGUGAGGGAGAAGAUUGUUCAGCAGGAGGUUGUCAAGAUGGAGGAGGAUCCUGUCCUGAAGGCCGAGUGUAACACCUUCACUCAAAACAUCAACAACGAACAGAGGCUGAAAGAGAGCCUCAAAGAGGAGCUCCACCGCCUCCAGCGACAGAAAACUGAACUGGAACUUCAGCUGGAAGAGCUGGAACGCGAACGCAGGGCCCGCCGUGACGCUGAGCUGGAGAUCCAGAGACUGAGGGUCAGACUUAACGAGCUGGAGAUCCGAGAUAAGGAGAACCGAGAGAAGGUGACAGUGAAACAGAAGGUGGUGCUGCAGCAGGACCCUCAACAGGAGAGAGAGCACUCCAUCCUCAAGCUCCAGGUGGAGGAGGAAAGGCACAAGCGCACCCUGCUGGAGAAGGAGCUUAAUGUUCUGAUCCAGCAGCAGGUCACCUUGGAGAAGAUUGAGGUGAAGGAGAAGGUUGUGCGCACAGAGAAGGUGCAGGUGGAGCAGGAUCCCGAGGCCAUGCUCGAAAUUGAGAGACUGAAGAGGACUCUGGAGGAGGAAAAAAGGAGAAGGCGUGAUCUGGAUCUGGAGCUGUCCACGCUCACCUCCCGCUUCACAGAUAUGGAGUUCACCAAUACCAAGUCCUCCAAAGAGCUGGAUUACAUCCGUGACGAGAGCAACCGCUUGCAGCUGGAGAAUCAACGUCUACAAAACGAGAUCCGCAAGCUUCAGUCUGAGAUCCAGAUUACUUCUAAGGAGACAAGACAAAUCACUCAGACAGCACCCAUGGAGAAUGGCAAGAACUUAGAGUUGAGGCUUGACUCGCUACAGAGGGAGCUGGCAGAGCUGAGGAGCAUCACCAGGCAAAAGGACGAGGAGAUUGAGAAGCUCCAUAAGGGUCUGUCAACUGUGAAUACCAAGAGAGAGCAGAGAGAAAGUCACCUCCGUAGGUCUAUUGUGGUUAUUGACCCCGACUCAGGCAAGGAGAUGCGACCAGAGGAGGCCUACAAGCUUGGUCUCAUCGACUGGAAGAUGUUUGUCAACCUGCAGAGCCAAGAGUGUGACUGGGAAGAGAUCACACUCAAGGGGCCAAGCGGAGAGUCCUCUGUUCUCCAUGACAGGAAGUCUGGGAAGAAGUUCUCAAUCGAGGAUGCCUUGAACGUUGGGAACAUCACAAACCGCCAGCUGCAGCAGUACCAAAACAAAGAAAUCAGCAUUCAGGAAUUUGGUGUUAUGGUGUCAGGCAAGACCAAAUGAGGACAGAAAUCUGAAAAACAGACCAGAAAAGCAAUUAUUUUUGUAUCCAAUAAAAUAGGUCCAACAUAUGAAUAUAUAGUAUACUCAAUGAAAAUAUUUCAAUCCUGCCAUUCAUCUAUCAUUGAAUUAACGUUUUCUUUUCAUGUAUCUGUCAUGCACUGUUAUAUUUAUUUUCAAAUGGAAAUACAGUUAAACAGCUAACCUGAAGUUUCUGUUUUUAAAUGAGGGCGAUGUGGUUCUGGUUUUGACUGUGAUUUUAAGUGGGGGAAGGGAUUUCUGUCCCUAAUAUGAGCUUUCUUACUGGGUACAGGGGUAAAGAAAAUAUUUUAACAUAUUUCCAGUUUGCUGCUGAAUUACACAUAGGGCCUACACAUACUGAAUAAUGUGCAUUAUUCUUGUUAAACUACUUGCUCUGUUAUCUGUUGUACUGAUUAAGUCUGACUUAAUAAAAAUAACCUUUUAUUAAUCGGAAAA